GAGGUCAUACCAUAUCUUUUCCUAUUUCAGGUCUCAGAACAUUGUACAACAUCUGUAACUCAGGACAAUGAAUGUGUCCAACAACUGCAGCACCACAAGUCUAGAACUGCAUCCCCAUGUUCACCUCAUUGAAUUUGCUCUGUAUAGCCUAAUUUUCUUUUUUGGAGCACUAUUUAAUGCCCUUGCCUUCUGGGUGUUCUCCUGCAAGAUGAAGAAGUGGACAGAAACCAGGGUGUAUGUAAUGAAUUUAGUCUUUGCAGAUUUCUCUGUCAUCUGCACCUUGCCUUCCAUGGUUUAUUUGCUCUGGAAUAAGUCAGCCCGAGGGGAGCUCUGCCAGUUUACAGAGACAAUGUAUUUUAUCAACAUGUUAGUGAGCAUCUACAUCAUUUCAUUCAUCUCCAUUGAUCGAUACAUUGCCAUAAAGCACCCUUUGAAAGCCAAGACCUUCAGGUCCCCAUCAAAGGCUGCUCUCCUCUGUGGGCUCCUGUGGGUCUUGGUGAUAGUCAGUGCCACCAUCCAGCUCUGGCACAAACAUUCAGCUCUCUGCUUCCAUACACCUGCUGCUCUCAGCCUGCUGGCCAUUUUCUUUGUUUUCACUCUCCCAUUAGCAAUCUUGACCUUCUGCUCCACAGAAGUCAUCAGGAACCUCAAGAAACAUCUGAACACGAAUUCACCAGAGAAGAAAUCGAUCCAGAAAGCCGUACACAUUAUUUAUGCAAAUCUGAUUGUAUUUCUGAUAUGUUUUAUGCCAGCCUACCUCGGGCUACUUGCCAGGUUCAUCUUGGAGAGCCUUGGAUCUACCUGUUUCCUGCUCUGUGUCAUGAAGAACUUCUCCUCCGUGACGAGGUGCAUUGCCACGUCCAACUGCUGCCUCGAUAGUGUCUGCUACUACUUUGUCACUAGGGAGUUCCAGGAAGCCUUUCUACAUCCCCAAGCCAGCACUCAAAAACCAGAGGCAACCCCACCCCUUGCAGAUACAGACAUGCUAAAGGAAAAAGGGGAACAAAACUCAACAUCUACAACAUAA